UGCUGCUGCCCUUGUGCCUAGUGCCUUGUUGUUGACUGCUGGCUAACUGAACUGGUUUAGUUUAGGCUUGGUAUAGAUCAGAGAGGGUUUUAGUAUUCUGUAAACUCUCUGGUAUAGAUAGGCUACUUUCGACUUGCAUUGCAUAGCCAAGGUCUAGAUUCUAUUCUAGGUGCAUUUGCAUAGUCCAGUGCCAAUGACACGGUUACUGGCGGUGUUUUUCCCUUCUCUCUAAUCUGAGUGAUAACGCUAUUUGCAAAAAUAUUGUUUGGCAAUUUACCCCAUUGCUUGAUCUUUUCAUUUGAAAUUGAGAAUCAUAGAUUCUGUCGUGAGUCCUCCGAACUCCGAACACGAUGUCCCAAUCAAGGGUCACCCUUGCAGUGCUAAAUAUUGGAUGGAGCUGUAUGCGGAAUGACCUGAAAACCUACUUCCAGAAAUUUGGUUCUGUGGCUGAUAUUUAUCUGCCCAUGGACUACAAGACUGGUUUCAACAAGAGAGUAGCCUUUGUCCAGAUGGCAGGGCAGAAAGGAUUUGAAGAGAACAUUUUACAAGAUUUUCACACUAUUGAUGGGCAAGAGGUAACAGUGAAAUUGAGAACAGAAAGAAAAAUGGAUAGAUAACUCAGUUUAGGGAGGAUUUGAUUGUACAGUUUUUGCAUACUUUUUUUGUUCAUGCCUUAACAAAAGAAAAAAAUAAUAAAGCUUUAAAAAAAAA